AUGAGUGCGACAAAGACACAACAGAAUUUACCUCCAGCCCUUCAGGCACUUGUUGACAAGGAAGAAAUUCGUUCAGCAAUCUAUCGUUUCGCCCGAGGCUCAGACCGCGGCAUCCGCGACCUCGUUCAGUCGGUCUUCCAUUCUGAUGCGACAGACAAUCAUGGAUUCUACAACGGACCAGCAAAGGACAUGUACGAUGCUCUGAAUUCAGGUUCCUCCUCAGAUGCAGCCCAUCACCGCAUUGGGCAGUCUCUGAUUGAGGUCGGAGACAACGGGAUCACGGCGGCUGCAGAGACGUACUGCAUUGCGACGACAAGGAUAACUGGGUCACGUUUCUCGUGA